GUUUGCAAUUUAGGUGAAACCUUGCAGAAUAUUUUAAAUUUUUGUACCAAGUUUUAUCCAAAACCUGGGAUCUACCACAUUUUUUUGAAAUCUACCACAUUUUUUCCAGAUUCUACCACACAAAUUUAUUUUUAAGUCCGAUCACUGAAUAACAGAUGUUUGGGGCAAUCCAAUGACUAUACUAAGCAAACAAAUUGGAAUGGAGAUAGUGCAGGUUAGGCUAGCAUGUCCGCUAUAUGGAGCUUGUGGAAAACCUGUGCCCAAGCAUAAGGACGAUAUGGUAGAACGUGAAUUCAAUCGACUUCUUGAGUCCGCCAGAUAUCUGUCUCAUCAGCUAGACUUUAUCUACGCCUACGAUGACCUAUACAUACAGCUAUACAGCGAUUAG